GGUGAUUAAGAUCCGCAGCCUGGAUCACUGGACCAUGAUGACCGAGCGGGAGGACAACAAGCUGCUCGUGAUUGAGUUCACCGCGAGCUGGUGCAGGCCAUCCCGCAGCAUAGCUCCCUUUAUUGAUUUUCUCGCCAACAAGUAUGCAGAUGCCAUUUUCCUCAAGGUUGAUAUUGAUGAAAUGAAGUAUAUUGCCGAGGCAUACGAAGUUAAUGCUGCGCCGAUCUUCCUGUUCAUGAACAAUGGCAAGGUUAAGGACACGCUUCGUGGCGCAUUCAAGGAAGAGCUGUUUGAGAAGCUUCAGCUGCAGAUGGCCCUAAUUAUGGACAACUGACUGAUACGGC